AUUGGGUUAACAAAUAAUACCCAAAAUUGGUGUUCUGGUGACUUACAUACCUUUAAUUUCCUAACCUUAUCAUUUUAUCAUUGGCUUAGUUGGGAUUGGGUCAGUUUAUCUCUUAAUCGUUACGAUUAAUGUAUCGUCGAUAACGAUAAGUAUUCUUUAACUAAAUAUUCAACACUAUCGCAUCAGGCUUCUGAUAUGAUAAUUAGCAAAAUUAAUCAAAUACCAAUAGUAUAAUAAUGUAUAUGUGAUUCUUGCGGUGAAGAUUUAUUAGCAGUAGCACAAUGUAUUUGUUAUGGCUGUUCCUGCUAGCAAGCGUCAGUGCCGAAGUCGUGCCGGACCCGCGGGUAGUGGAGCCCCCACUGCGCUACGACAUGCCGCCACCCCCAGAGGCGGCGCGCAUGAGCACGCGCAACGUCUUCCAGAACUACAUCCGGAUGCCGCUGGACCACUUUAAUCCACAGAACUCGGACACGUUUUUGAUGCGCUACAUGUUCAACGAGCAAUUCUUCGCCGGCCCCGGCUCACCAGUCUUCAUCCUCGUGGGUGGCGAAUGGAACAUCGCGGCGGGGUGGCUGCUGGCUGGCAACAUGUUCGAGAUGGCUCGCGAAAACGGCGGUUAUCAGGUGUACACUGAACACCGAUAUUAUGGAGAGACUGUGCCUUACACAAACUUCACCACCGAAAACCUGCGUUUCCUAAACGUCGACCAAGCCCUGGCCGACCUCGCGUACUUCAUCCAGAACAUGAAGCAAGCGCCACAAUUCGCCGACAGCAAGUUCAUUCUCUACGGAGGUUCCUAUGCUGCCAAUAUGGCGCUUUGGUUCAAACAGCGGUACCCGCACUUGGUCGAGGGGGUGGUAGCGUCUAGUGGCCCGAUUAAAGGAGAAGUUGAUUUCACUGGUUAUUUGGAAGUAGUGCACGACGCGUUUUACGCGGAAGGCGGCGAGCAGUGCAUAUCGACCAUCAGACAAGGCAUAUUGGACACCGUGGAAGCGUUGAAGACCGAAGAGGGCCGGCGUGAAUUAGAACAGGCCUAUAGGUUAUGCUCGCCACUUUUGGACUACGAUGACGUUUACGAACUAGGGUACUUCUCCGGUCUGAUCAGCUGGAGGUUCUCCGGUAGCGUACAGUCGGCACGGCCCGGCGACCUUCAAGCCAUUUGCAACAACUUUGCCGGAAAUAUUUACGGCACCACACCGAUGCAGAAGAUUGGCGGCUACAUCGCCCAAACCGCUGGUUUGCAAACUUGCUGGACUAUGCAAUACUCUCAACUGAUUGCUACUUACAGUAACCCUCGAUCAAACUCUCGAGCUUGGUACUACCAGACCUGUACAGAAUAUGGGUACUACCAAACCGCACCCAGGAGUGGCACAGUAUUUGAUCCCUUAAUAUGGCUUACCGUCGAUUUCUACGUCGACAUUUGCAAGAAGGCUUUCACAGAGAGAUUCGACGAGGAGUUCGUUUACGAUGCAGUGGAGAGAGUGAACCUGAUGUUUGGCGGCCUAGAGCCAAACGUGAACAACACCAUCAACAUCCACGGCACCUACGACCCGUGGCACGCUCUGGGCGUGUACGAACACGAUCUCAAGGAAAACUCACCCACGAUCACAGUGCCUCGGGCAUCUCACUGCUUCGACAUGCAGAACUGGCUGACCACCGACACAAUCAGAAUGACGCAGACGAAGCAAGAAGCGCGGCGCAUCGUGGCUUCCUGGCUCAACUAGAAGCGUUCAUGGCGCAGCUGACCGCCAGAUAUUCCAUCGUGUCGCAAGUCUAGCGACUUGACCACAAAAAUCACAUUAUUGGAUAGUUAAUCACAGGCAUAUUGAUUGUAUGUUGCUCCAUUGCCAGCAUUCAGAUUUGUUAUAUCCUAAAGUGCGAUAUAAAAAUAUAAAAUCUCUACAUACACUGUUAGUAGUUGCCUACAUUUCGGUAAUCUCUUUGUGCUUGAUAAGUUUAUAUUAUGAGAUUAUGAUGAACAUAGUAUUUGGCGGCAUGUUGUAAAUCUAUAAAGGCUAGUACUAGCCUUAUUCGGAUUUUGUUAACCCCUUACCGCAUGUAAUCAUAUCCGCCAUAUAUGGCUUUGUAUGCGGUAAGAAUAUGAAAGGAAGGAAAAUGGAAUAGGUUUAAAACUAUUUGUUAAUCACAAUCUAGAAAUAUAACGCUUUUAUGUGUAAUAUCUUAAUUCCAAUGAGUGAUUAUGAUUACAUUUUCACGCUCAA